AAAGUGUUUGAUUCGAAGACCGAUACUGUCUUUUUCUACCAGGGAAAAAAUGGAGGAAAAAACAAAAAACUAAGGUACUGAAUAACUUCUUUAUACCAACAACUAUAUCAAUUCAACCAUGUCUGCCUACAAACAAGCCGGUAUUUCGUUAAACAGAGCUUUAGCCAUUUCUGCCAGAACUGUCAGAAAUUCUUUAAAACCAGAAGCCAAAGCUGCUGCUGAAAGAAGAGGUAUCAGUGAUGUCAAAGUUAUCAAAUACGAAAAAGGUGAAUCUACCGAAGCCAAAGCAUUGGACAAAUAAAUCAAUAGUACCAAUUGAUUUCAACUCAUGUUUUGAUGGUGAAAAUACAAAAGUAUUUAAAUGAUUCAUGAAUUGUUUACUAAUUGCUAAUUUGAAAAAUUUUUUUAAAAAAAAAACAUAAAACUUUCAAUUAAUCAGUUUUAUUAUAAUGAUAAAACCUUAACUAACGACAUAGAUCAAAUAAACGAUAUAUUCCUUGAGAGAAGUUACAU